ACUUCGAUCAAUCAUUUUCAUAAUGUCAUAGUACCAACAAAGAAAAUAUAUUUUAAAAUGACACUUUUCUUUCCUUUCAUGAUUAUUUUAAAUAUUUUGACAACAGAUUUUUCUUCCACAGUGACAUAUUCAUGAGACUGAUGACAAACCUGUAACCGCUUCAUUCAACAAAACCCAUUCUAUUUUAUUUUCUUUUUUUCAUUUAAUUUACUUUCCCAAAACAGAAAUAUUCCGAACGCGCCUUUUCCAGUUUCUUCAUCGCUCACAUUCCUCCUUACCGAUGAUGCAAUUGAGCGAUACAACCGAUUCAACCACCCUCGGUUAUUGGUUAAAUUGGAGGGUUUAUUUGUGUGUAUUUUCUGUUUUGCUGUGUAUGGUUCUUGCAUCUUUUACAAUAUGGAAGCGCGAAAGUUCAAGGAACCUCACAUUUGACAAACGAGAAAACCAGCAAGAUAGGGAUUUGUGUGGCGAUGAAGCGUGGAAGCCAUGCCUUAAAAGCAUUCAUCCUGCUUGUUUGCUAGCUUUUCGAGUUGUUUCGUUCGCUUCUCUUCUGGCGUCGCUAAUUGCCAAACUCCAUGUUACCCGCGGCGUAACAUUUUACUAUUACACUCAGUGGACCUUCACUCUGGUUACGAUUUAUUUUGGGUGUGGAUCUAUGCUAUCAGUUUAUGGGUGUUAUAUGUAUAGAAAAUCAACAGAGACCACCUUUAAUGAGGAUGUUACUAGAAUAGAUGAAGAGCAAGGUCCAUAUUUGCCUCUCUUAUACCAGGAUGCCACAAAUGUAUCUAGAACGGAACCCCUAGCGAAUACUAACAUUAACAUACAAAAGAAUCAACAUGCACCCAUUUGGAGUUACAUUUUUCAUAUUUUAUUCCAGAUUAGUGCAGGAGCCGUCAUGCUUACGGAUUGCGUUUAUUGGCUCAUUAUUUUUCCAUUCCUUACCCUGAGAGAUUAUGAUUUAAACUUUAUGACAGUGAACAUGCAUACAGUAAAUUUUGUUUUGCUCUUUGGUGAUGCAGCUUUAAAUUGCCUGCGAAUACCUUGGUCUGGGAUGUCUUUCUUUGUGUUAUGGACAGGUGUUUAUGUAAUUGUUCAGUGGAUAAUUCAUGCUUGCGUCUCAAUUUGGUGGCCUUACCCAUUUCUUGAUUUGUCAUCACCUUAUGCACCCUUGUGGUACUUGUUGCUGGCAUUAAUGCAUAUUCCAUGUUAUGGCUUCUUUAUGCUGGUUCUAGAAAUGAAACAUUAUUUCUUAUCCAAAUGGUUCCCAUCCUCUUAUCAGUGCUAAAGGUUGAGUGGUAUCCUAGUCGGAUUCGAUGUUAUGCAGUGAAGCCUGUCAAAACUGGAUUCACUCUCGACUGUUAAAUAGUUGAAAUCGGGUCUGAUAUCGGAUAAUCAGAAUACUCAUCUGCCUAUGAGUCACAACUCAUAACUGUGUAUUCUAGUUAUUACUAAAAUCUCUUGCUAAAACAGUUUUAGCAAGAGAUGUCAUGCUAAAAAUUACAAAUGUACAAUUAAAAAAGCUUUUAGAAAAUAGUUUACUUAAAGAUAGUUGAGACAUCUCUGUAUCCUUACCCAUUUAACAUUUUGGGAUGUUAAUGUGGCUUAACAGAAGAUCAUGUAAAGUUGUAUAGCAUUGUAAUCUUGGUUUCCUUUUAAUAGACUAAAAGAAAAAAAAUUAUUUGGUCACAACAAAGUAUUUAGUGGAGUUUAUUUUAUGUCAUAGUUAAUCAUUCCUCUUAUCAUC